GAUUUGACGCAUUGCCAACCUCUCGACCUGCAGGGGGCAGUAACGCACCCUCUAGCGGGAAUUACACCACAGAAGAAGAUGAGGACGCACACUAUAGACGUAAAACAGUAAACAGAUGUCGCAGAGACAGACUCAAAGAGAAAUGAAUGGACAGACGGACGUAGAAGUCGACUACAAGCGGAAAUACAAAAACUUGAAACGCAAAUUGAAAUUCCUCGUCUAUGAACAAGAAUGUUUCCAAGAGGAGCUGAGAAGAGCUCAAAGGAAACUGUUGAAAGUUUCCAGAGAUAAAAGCUUUCUUCUUGACCGAUUACUGCAGUAUGAAAGGGUGGAUGAAGACUCCUCUGACUCAGAUGCAACCGUGUCCUCAGAAAAUAGCGAGGGAGAAGGACCCCGAGAGAGGGAACGAGAACGAGAGGUAGCAAAGAAGAAAAAGAGCGGUCCGGGGGCCUGCCUUUCUUCAUCGUCCUCUUCUCAUCUCUCCAUGCUGUCGCGUUCUGGAGGAAACCCCCUGCAGUCUUCUGCUGCAGGUCCUUACCUCAACACCAUGCCCUUCCCCCCAGAGUAUUUGGCACCGCCAGCUGAACGAAUCAAGAAAGAGAGAAAAACAAAGACGCCUAAAAACAAGAAAGAGACCACGGGGAAGGUUGUCACUCCAAUGGCAGCAAACUACCCCUCAACCCCCACGGCUCCUCCCACAGCCAGCGGCCCCUUCAGCUGGGUUCCCAGACAGAUGUUCAGUGGUGAUGCAGCUGAGGAGGAGUGUGAGAGCGAAGGAGACAGCGACAGAGGAGACGAAGACCGAGGGGAGGGGGACGAGGCUGAACUUGUCAUUGACAUCCCUAAUGAGUGAGCCCGUGGGGUUUAGAGGUAUUUAAAAACAGACUGUCAAAGCCAUGCUCGUGUGUCUGUCAGAGGAGUGAGGAGCACAGUUUCUAACUAGAACUGUUUCGUUUUUUUCUUAAUAAGUUGCUACAAACGUACGCUCAGCCUAUUCAAAUUCCUAACUGCAGAUUCACAGACAUUUUUAUUAACUGGUUUUGUAAGGUGGAGUUAGGCGUUGUGCUCCACCCUUUCUUUUUGUUGGAAAAAAAAUAAUUUAUGCUUAAAAUGAAAUUAUUAUCCUAACUGAGAACAUGAAGAAUCUAGUCGGAGAUCUUAUCUUAUGUUAUCAAAAACAAUUUAAGACUCAAAUAUUGUCUUUUUUCCCAUUGCAUAGCAUCUGACUGCAGACUGUUGAUCUUUUUUUUGUUGUUGUGUUGUCUUGAAAUUUGUGCUUAAGUGAAUCAUGUAAAGAAAAAACAUCAAAAUUCUGCAGAACAUAAAGACUUGAUAAAACCUGGAUUCUUCUCUCAGUUCUAACAUUUUUUUCGUGUCAUUUUUAUGUUGUUUUUUUGACAAAGUUCACAUUAUGUUUCAUUCUAUGACAAAUGGAAGUAUCUGACUUCUUGUAUUUUUCCUUUAAGGAAUAAAACAAAACAUGACUGUA